UUUCUGCUCCCUUGAUUGCAGAGAUGGCUCCCAUUGCUUCCUGCCUCUGUGUGAAUGUCUAUUCCGAGGAAUGGGAAUUAAUGACCUUCAAUGCCAACCAGAAUGACAGAGUGAGGAAGAUUAAUGAACACAUCCGAUCUAAGACCAAGGUUCCUGUGUGGGACCAGGUCCUUCUGCUGGGAUCCAAGACCCUGAAGCCACAGAGAAGUCUAUCCUCUUAUGGCAUUGACAAGGAGAAGACCAUCCACCUCACCCUGAAAGUGGUGAAGCCCAGUGAUGAGGAGAUGCCCUUGUUUCUUGUGGAGCCAGGAGAUGCGGGGCAGAGGCACCUCCUCCAGGUGCGAAGGUCCAGCUCAGUGGCCCAGGUGAAAGAGAUGAUCGAGACUAAGACUGCUCAACCCCCAGAGACCCAGAUUGUGACUUGCAAUGGGAAGAGACUGGAAACUGGGAAGAUCAUGGCCGAUUAUGGUAUCAGAAGGGGUGAUUUACUCUUCCUGACAUUCCAUUGUAUGUCAGGGUGACCAUCCUGAAGAUGGGAUGCUAUCAGCAGCAAAAGAGUUUCUUCUCUUUAUUCUAUUGUUAACCAAUCACAUCCCUGAUGAUUUCUCCAAAGUAAUGAGAAACAGAUAGAGUAAGAUUUGAGGUGGGAUAGUGUGGGUAGAAUGAAAAUAUUAUUCUAAUGCAAAUUCUUUGAUUCUAAUACAAUUGAUUAAGUGGCAGGAUGGUUUAUGAUGUGUUACUUAGAAUAGAAAAUAAAAUUUUAAGGCACAUUAGAGA